AUUAAUUUUACACGCCAUUAGACCACGUACAGUAUUUACAAUAAUGAUAUAAUGAUACUAUCAACUACCUAUGUACAAUAUUAUCUAAGGUUUUAUUAUUUCCUCUCGAGGCUUCCAUUGACCGUGACAUAAUUAAUGACUGGCCGGGACAUCGGGACAAUGGACAUUCUGCUAAAACCGGGACGAAUUGCUGUACAUUUUCAAUAUUGUUCUGCGGUGGUGGAGUGUCGGUUCCUUUGCACGUGGAUUCCAUGUGCGGUUACCGGUUGCCGGAUACUGAUAACUUUAAUCAAUAUUAAUGUUCAAUGAUAAGAAAUAAGUACAAUACACGAACAUAAGAGUACGUUACGCUUGGAUACUCAAAUGUUCAUCGUACAAUAAAUUGUGACAUAAUAGAAUUAAUAAUAUAAUAGAUCCAGUCUAUGAUAGAAUUUAACAAUUAUUGUUUUUUUUUUUGCUGGAAGCUUUAGUUUUAUUUGUUUUUAUUAUCAUAUCGUUUAAUGUUUUAUAACCGGAAAAUAAAGUAAAAAAUAACGUUUAAAAUUUAUAAUUUAAUUUAUUACUUAUAAUUUGUUGACAUAUUGUUAUAUUCAACCUGCUGUUUGUUUUAAACUGGAAUUGAUGAAAACAUUUUAUAAUUAAAUUUGUUUUCUGUAGGUACUGAUUGACUGACACACUUUUGUUUGCAUAGAAAUUAUUUGAAGAAGUUUAAACCGAAAAUUAUUAAACACAACUUAAGAUGGAAAAACCUUUGCAAUUUGACGUGAUUGCCUCCUGCAGUACUACACGAGCUCGUACUAGUUUAAUGAAAUUACCACAUUAUACAGUGGAAACACCAGUGUUUAUGCCUGUUGGUACCAAAGGAUCUGUUAAAUCUGUUUUACCAGAACAACUGGAAAACAUUAACUGUCAAAUUAUUCUAGGAAACACAUACCACUUGGGGUUGCGUCCUGGAGUUGAAUUAUUAAAAAAAGCUAAAGGUCUUCAUAAUUUUAUGGGUUGGAAACGUGCUUUACUUACUGAUUCUGGAGGCUUUCAAAUGGUCUCACUAUUACAUAUGGCUGAAAUUAAUGAACAGGGUGUUAAUUUCGAAUCACCUUAUGAUGGUACAAAAAGCUUGUUAACUCCUGAGAAGUCUAUUCAAAUACAAAAUGCAAUUGGUGCAGAUAUAAUAAUGCAGUUAGAUGAUGUUGUACCAACUACUUCAAAAGACAAUGAAAGAAUGGAAGAAGCUACAUACAGGACAACACGAUGGUUAGAUCGUUGUUUAAGUGCUCAUGAAAGACCUAAUGAACAAAAUAUAUUUCCAAUUGUCCAAGGAGGUCUUAUUGAACAUUUAAGAAAGUUAAGUGCCAAUUUACAUUUGGAAAGAAAAGUAAAUGGUUAUGCUAUAGGUGGUCUUAGUGGUGGAGAAGCGAAAGAAGAUUUUUGGAAAAUGGUUCUUCUAUCUACUCAAAUGUUACCUGGUGAUAAACCUAAGUAUGUGAUGGGAGUUGGAUUUGCUGUCGAUUUAGUAAUUUGUUGUGCUUUAGGAGCAGACAUGUUUGACUGUGUAUUUCCAACAAGAACAGCUCGAUUUGGUUGUGCAUUAACUUCAAGUGGUCAGAUAAGUUUAAGACACAAAAAGUUCAGAAUGGAUUUUGGACCAAUUGAAAAAAAUUGUAGCUGUUCAACAUGUAAGACAUAUACUCGAGCAUAUAUCCAUCAGAUUGUUGCUUCUGAAGCUGUUUCUUGCAAUUUAUUAUCAGUGCAUAAUCUUAAUUAUCAAAUGCAGCUGAUGAAAGGUAUCAGAGAAAGCAUUAAGGUAAACAAAUUUCCAGAAUUUGUCCAGCAAUUUAUGAUAAAUAUGUAUCCAAAUAAGAAUUAUCCACAAUGGUGUAUUGAUGCACUACAAUCAGUGAAUAUAGAACUAAAAUAAAAAUAAGUGCUAUAAGCACAUAGUUCUACAACCUGUACCUAUUAAUUUAUAUUAUAUAUUUUUUUAAAUUUUCAUUAAUUGAAAAUUUACUCACCAACUACCAAAUAACUAUUAAAAUUAUUAAUUUGUAUUUAUUUAAUUAAAUAAGGUAUACAUUAUAUUAAGUUGGUAAUAUUGGUAUAAUAUUAUAAUUUAUUAGAUUUGUAUUUAAAAAUUUAAAUUAUAAAUUUAAUAUCAUCUGAAUCUGACAUGUUUUUAUAAAAUUUGUUAACAAUUUAAUUCUAGUAUUAACUCAUUUAUUUAAACAGUACAAAAUUUGAAUACAUUUUUUAAAACCUAUGUACAACAUUUUCUGACUGUUUCCAAUCUUAAUAUAUACUUUAAUGUGAUAAAUACACCUAUCAAUUUAAAUCAUCGGAUAUCAAUACCUACUAAGUAGUUGUUUUUUUAUGUUUAAUUAUCUUUCUUGUAUGUAAGUAAAAUAAUUAUGUAAUAUACUGUUAAAAAUCAAUCAUUGGUUCAAAACGAGGCUUAAAGCUGGUUAUUGGAAAAUGGAAAUCAUUUUAUAACUAGCCAAGUAAAACCUAGGUUGUUUAUUUUGUAACCAAAAACAUUUUUGAAAUAGACUUUAGAAUUAAAAAACCUUUUAAGACAUAAACUAUAGCCUAUACAUUUUA